AUGGCGCCAACCGAGCAACUGAGACGACGGCAAAGACAAGAUUACCCGUAUAUUUUGGAAUAUCGGACACGGUGGGCGGACAAUGACAUGUAUGACCACAUGAACAACUCAGUCUACAAUUUCCUAUUCGACUCUGUAAUCAACACUUACCUCAUGGAACAUUGCGGCCUGUUGCCACCGACAUCAGCGCAGCAUCCCCUGAUGGCGCAUACGCAUUGUGACUAUUUCUCAGCUAUCUCGUUUCCCAAAGUGGCUGAGCUUGGCCUGCGGGUCAACAAGCUGGGGAAAUCUAGCGUCACCUACGAGGUCGGUCUAUUCGAGAAAGGCGUUGAAGGGAUCAAGGCCGUGGGCGAGUUCGUCCAUGUUUUCGUCGAUCGGGCAACACUAAGGCCCAAUGGCGAUGGGAUGAACAAUCAACUGAGGAGCGGACUGGAGAAGCUGGCCGUGCAUAAGACAACUAGCAAGCUCUAG